AUGAACAAGGAUCAGAUCCACAAAAUAUUGGAUCUUUGCCUCUUGUGUGCUGGAUUACAGGUGUGUGCCACCACGCCCAGCUCUACACAGGUUUUAUAUUCAGCUGAUGAUAAAAGAAAUUAUAUAGCCUGUAGCAGCUUUCUGGCAGUGACAACCUCCUCACAAAGCCUACCUCACAAAGAUUUCCUUCAUCCUUCUCCAGAAGAGGAGAGGAGGAUACACAAAAAGUACCUGGUGCAGAGCCCCACUUCCUACUUCAUGGAUGUGAAAUGCCCAGAAUGCUAUAAAAUGACUAUGGUCUUUAGCCACACACAAACAGUAGUUUUGUGUGUUGGCUGCGCCACUGUCCUUUGCCAGCCUACAGGAAGAAAAGCAAGAUUUACAGGAGGGUGUUCCUUCUGGAGGAAGCAGCACCAGCAGCACCCUGAAGCAAGAUGAGUGGGAAACCAUCCCCAAAAUGCAUUUGGGUAAAAAAAAAAAAA